AGGUCAAUGAGAAAGUUCUCACUGAAAACAUGGUGCAGAGCUUGCUGAAGCUGCUGCCGGAGCAGGAACAGAUGAACACAUUAUCAGAAAUGAAAGAUGAGUAUGAGGAGCUGGCUGAGUCUGAACAGUUUGGAGUUGUGAUCAGUUCAGUGAAGCGUUUGAAGCCUCGUCUGACCUCCAUCCUCUUCAGACUUCAGUUUGAGGAGCAGGUGAAUAACGUCAAGCCGGACGUGGUGGCGGUGACGGCCGCCUGCGAGGAGCUUCGGAAGAGCGAGAGCUUCGCCAAGCUGCUGGAGAUGACACUGCUGCUGGGAAACUUCAUGAACGCAGGAUCUCGCAACGCCAAAGCUUUCGGCUUCAGCAUCAGUUACCUGUGCAAGUUGCGAGACACUAAAUCCGCCGAUCAGAAACAGACUCUACUGCACUUCCUGGCGGAAAUAUGUCAGGAGCAGUAUCCUGAGGUCAUGACCUUCUCAGAGGAGCUCAUCCACGUGGAGAAAGCCAGCAGAGUUUCGGCAGAGACGCUUCAGAAGAAUCUAGAUCAGAUGGGAAAGCAGAUUAAAAACCUGGAGAAAGACAUCGAGACGUUCCCCCCUCCACAGAGCGACAAAGACAAAUUCGUAGAGAAAAUGACCAGUUUUGUAGCGACGGCUAGUGAGCAAUUUGAGAAGCUCAAGCUGAUGCAUCAGAACAUGGAGAAGCAGUAUGAGGAUUUGGCCAAGUACUUUGUCUUCGACCACAAAAAAAUGAGUCCAGAAGAGUUCUUCGGUGACCUCAACAACUUCAGGAACAUGUUCCAGCAAGCGGUGAAGGAGAACCAGAAACGGAAAGAAGCAGAGGAGAAGAUUCGUCGAGCCAAACUGGCGCGAGAGAAAGCGGAAAAAGAGAAAGAGGAGAAACAGAAGAGAAUGAACGCUGGACAGAUUCCCAACAUCAAUGAUGAUGAUGAGACUGGUAUCAUGGAUGGUUUGUUGGAGGCGCUGCAGUCUGGAGCUGCUUUCAAAAGGAAGAGAGGACCACGACAAGCAGCCAACAAUCGUAGAGGAGCUGGUCACGCCGUGACAAACAUUCUCGCCAAAGAGCUUCUUCAAGAGGACGCCCCUCGCAGUGCCAAGAAAAAGACCCAGUUGGAAACAGAGGACAGGAAGGAGUCCUCUCCGGAAGACACGGGCUCACUGGAGGACCUCUUAGAUGAUGCGCCGUUACGGUCAAAUUAAGGACUUCCUCUGCUGAUCCUGCCGGUUAAAAGACAGACUGUGUUUGGGGACCAAGUCUGCGAGGGCGGGGCUCUCGUUAAACCGCACCCCUUGAGUAAGCCUACAUGGCUUCCUAUUGGCCGUCACACUGAAGGAGUGGCCUCAUCUCAUCACUGUCACAGUCGUUUUGUCAUUUUCUAGCACUCUUUCUCUAAACACAAGGUUUCAUCUGUCUAUUGUCUGCAUUUAAAAAGAUUCCAAAGAUUUGUAUAUAGAUUCCAGAACAUUUUGUUCCUUUCCAAAUUUAUGGGUAAAUUCAUUUUAAAACAAACAUCUGUUCCUCUUAAACAUUUAGCUUUUUUGUUUUGCUCUUUGAUUUCAUAUGGCUGAAAUAAGUUACAUUAUUGUACUCGAAACACAACGUGCCAAUAAUGUCGAUCCCAUAAAUGCAUGUUCAAUUACAUAAGGUGUUCUCACUGAGGUUCUGUAGCCAUCACAAGGAGGCCUGAUACCUAUUCACAAGAUUAUUUCUCUCUUCCUGUGCUCUCCUGUUAAUGGGUAUUUCAUUCUGUCAUUUUAAGUGAAUGGUGGUGUUUGAAUCUCAAAAAUACUUGGAUUUUUUACGGUCUACAAUUAUUGAGCCUCAAUCAUAAAACCAUUCUUGUAUAAAUCAUUGCAUGGAAUUAAAUGUGACAAUUUAUGUAAAAAUGGUUUUAGAUAGAACUGAUAAAACAUUAGUAAAAAAAAAGUGCAUAAAUUGUUGCAUUGAAUUUAAUGCAAUAAUCUACUUCACAGUGGUUUUAUGAAUAAUUUGUGUGUUGAUUGCUGCACUUCCUACAUUUUCAUAGGGUGUUUCAUGAACGGCAUUGUUCAGUUAUGCGUGUUUUCAUAAAUGUCAGUUGUGUGUUUUUGUGUUUGUGCUAUAGUUGAUAUGCUGUUUUCAUCACAAUGAAGAUCCAAUCUGCUGAUACAUACAUCACACAAUUUUCAGUGGCGUUUCACCAUCACAAGAUAAAUCAUUUUUUCAUUUUCUGGCAGACAUUGAGUAAAAAGUCACUGUGAACUGGGCAAAUGUAACAUUGACAGGUCCUUUGGCUUUUUUUUCUCUGAUAAACAGUUUGAUCAAGACAAAUCUGAGGGACUAUAGCAGAGCACUUCUGUCAUUGGUGCUGAAAUAUCUGCACAUACUUAUUAAACUUUAGUAUUUUUCAUUGCAGUCUUCAAAAGACAGUGUGCGAAUGUCCCUGCCUUUAUGUCGACUGAUCACCAGCAGAUACUGUUUAACCUGUUGAGCAUUGAGAUUGUUCUCGAGUCGUAAACUGAGUUUGUGUCAGUGACGCGGGGAAAUAUGACCUCAAGAGUUUCAGCUUUGCAAUAUGACUUACCUGAAUGUUGAUGUUGGCUGAAAGUUUGAGGGUAGAGAUCACUGUUUAAAGCCAUAGCUCGGACUGCAUUUGUCAAGAAAUCCUGAGAAAUAUAUAUGCAUUUAUGUAAUGUGUGUAAAACAACGUCAAUGUUUUGGCAGUGAAUCGGUAUCUAAAUGAUGCCUAUAAACCAGCAAGUCCGAGAGAGCUUAAGAACAUCCUGUUUUUUUUUUUGUUUUGUUUGUUUUUUUUGAGUUUUUGAAGCCAAAUUUCCGAUUUUUGAAUUUUUGUAGACUGCAAUUUUGGAGAACUGGGAGCCAACAGAUUCUGCUUCAGAGCCGAUUGAUCGUACUGAUGGUUGUGCAAGUCAGUUUCACUUUAUUAAAAAAGCUGGAUAAAGAUCACUGGAAAAACAAAGAGACUGUGUGUUUUCUUUGUUUUGAUGUUUGUUUGUUUUUAAGAACACGGUUUUUCUUUGUCAGUUUUUAUUGUUUUAAUGUAAUAAUAUAGAGAUUGUUUUGGUGGGAUUCAUUUGGUCAAAUUGGUCAAAUGGCAUUUUGACUGUAGAGAUGUUUAUUCUGGCUGUCUCUAAAACCACACCAUUAAAAUAUCAUCUUUAAAAUUUA